AUGACAAGAUUGAAGUCGUUGAGAGAUGAUAUUUCUGCAUUAGAAACGGAAGUGGUUAUUCCUAGUCUUAGCAUCCCCAACAGCUUACACCCUGAGUGUCCCUUAUCUGAGAGUAAAAUUGUAUUUCAACACUAUGGGAAAACAAAAAUUGAUAAUACUGAGUGUGUAGAUCAUCUAAAAAUUGGCUCAGCUUUGGAAUGUUUGGAUUUCAUAAAUCCUGUAAUGGUGUACAUUAAGGACAGAGCUUCUCUCUGUGAACAAGCAAUAAUGGCUUAUUUCAAUGACUCUCUAGAAAAGUCUGAUUUUAUACCUUUUUGCAAUUCAGACCUUAUUAAAAGUGUAAUUAUUGAAGGAUGUGGGGCUGACUUUGACAAUGCAGAUCAAACAUUUAUUUUAAGCGAAAAAAACCUGCACUUGGUGGGUGGUGCAAGUCUUCAAUCUUUCUGCGCAUUCCUUGCAAAAACAAGUGUGGGUGGAAACAAACUGCCCCUAAAAUUUUAUUCGACAGGUCGUUUAUAUAAACCCUUCAUUAAAAACAACAUUGGACUUUUCUCUGCUGUACAAACAAAUGCUGUUGAAGUUUUCAUUGGUACAACUGAUGAACAGAAAUCCAGAGAUCAAUUUGAUGAAAUGUUGGCCAUUUACAGACGGCUGUAUGAAAGUAUCGGGUUAGACUAUCGUGUGGUUUACUCACCAGUUUCUAAGUUGGAAAACUGGGAGAGUUUAAGGGCUCAAGUGGAACUGUACUCUGUUAGCUGUCGAGAUUAUGUUGCGGUCGCUUCAUUAUCUUUAUCUGGAGAUUUUAUUAGCAAGCGUUUGAGAAUUUACUGGUCUGGUAAAGAUAAACACAAUUUUUUGAACAUCGUUAAUGGAAAAAUGGUUGACACUAAUGUACUGUUAGGAUGUUUGUUUGAACAAAAUGUAAACGAGUUCACUGUACCCGACUGUUUAAAAAAUUAUAUGAUUGUAUGA